AUGCCCAACGAAGACGCGCGCGUAGAAGCGUACCGAGUGCCGAAAAUCCCGCCCUUCUGGCGGCAGGCCCCGGAAGCAUGGUUCGUUCAAAUCGAAGCAUCCUUUCGAUCCGCGGGUAUCACAGUAGAUCGUACUAAGGCCGAUUGCCUGCUUACCGGAAUCGACGCCGAGACGAUCACGCAUGUCCUAGACUUAGUAACGGCGGACCCACCGCCGGAUAACCUGUACAAGCAGCUCAAAGACCGGAUUCUCGCGACAUUUGCGGUCUCACCGGAGGCCCGUUUACGGCAAUUGUUAAAGGGUCAGGUACUGGGGGACCGGAAGCCCUCACACUUAUUGAGUCAGAUGAAUCAGCUCAACGGCGGGCAAUGCAGCCCUGCCGUAAUAAGAUCUCUUUUUCUAGAGUUGUUACCCGACGCGCAUAAGACCAUUUUGGUCGCAAUGAACGAAUCUGACCCCCAAAAAUUAGCAGAAACCGCGGACAAGCUUGCGGACAUUAGUAGUCCUAGUUCCGCGGUCGCCGUUAUCGCACCAAAUAAAGAAUCUAAAAGCACUCGUCCUAAAGCUCCUUUGAGCACUGACGAACGGAUCAGUAGGCUUACUAAGCAGAUCCAGUCUUUGAGCACCGCGUUCGCAAAAAUGCGACGCGAACGAUCCACAUCCCGUACGCGUAAUAAAUCUAAGCGUGGUGAUGAAGCAGAUAAGUCUGAUGUUAAGACAGACUACUGCUACAUUCACCGUAAAUACGGGAAGAAAGCCACGUCCUGCCGCAAGCCUUGCUCGUGGAAAGAUGACGCGGCGGAAAACUAA